AUGAUAAUGAUUUUAUACAAAAAAAAACAUUGUACACAGCUUGUUGAAUAUACAUUUGAUGAUUUUAUCUCAAAUAUGAUAACUGAUUAUAAUGAUCCAUUAGAAACUGAUAACGGAUCUGAACAUUUACGAAAUGAAAACAAAAAUUUAUCAACAACUAUUGGUGGCUUCACACAAGAGAAAGAAAAGCAAGGCAAACAACUAAAUGAAAUUCAAGAAAAUUUAGUUAAUGAAAGAGCAACGAAUAAACAAUUAGAAAAACGUUUCAAUAAAAGUCAACAAGAGUUAAAUAAAUUAAAACAUAAUUUUAACGAAGAAAAAAUCAUGAACCAACAAUUAAUUCAAAAACAAAAUGAUCUUAUGGAUAAAAUGACAAAGCAGGACAAGGAAAUUAAAGCACUUAAUGAUCAAGUUGGUGAUUUAAUUCUUCAUCUUGAGGGUGCAGAAAAACUUAAAGUUGAAGCAACAGCAGGUGAACUUGCAACAAGUCAAAUUGUUAUUACUUCCAAACAAAAAAAUCAACAAUUCAACAUAUAUCCUUAA